AUGGCGACACAAACCUCAGAAAUCCCAACGAGCACACCGCGUGCGACCAGCCAAAAGUCUCACGAGCUUCUCACCUGCACCAUCAAGACCCCACCAUUCUCUUAUGCUCAGUUGGAGCUCGUCUCUGACGCAUCACGGGUUUCCGAUGUCACUCCCCUGGACAACUUGCAAGUGAGAUCUUAUUGCAACUCCGCCCUGCGUCAGUUCCUGGGCGCCACCGGUUCCGCCAUCCCCAUCGAUAUCCUCAAAGUCGAAGACAGAGAGUGCUGGCUGCGAGUACCCCGACAAGACCUGAGCCCUUUCGCAGCGGCCAUUACCGCCUGGGCGGGUGUCUCUGAACAGGGCUACCGGCGGACGCUCCGAUUGAAGCAGUGUUCCGACUAUCUAGGAGCUAUGGUUGGUGCAAACGGCCAGGACAAGCUCUGGACAUCUUGA